CCUAGACAAUUGAGUGUCAUUGAUUAUUGGUAGUAAAGUCUCCAUUCUUUGAAGCUUAGAAGUUAAAGAGACUGUUGAUCAACUGCAUAGCCAGCAAACUUGCACCAGAAUUUUAGAGGGAAACAAACUGAAAUUAAUGGAAGAGAACAAGGAGAUAGAGAAGGGAAGAGUGUGUGUAACAGGUGGAACUGGAUUUUUUGCAUCAUGGUUGAUCAAAAGGCUUCUUGAAGAUGGUUAUUCUGUCAACACUACAAUUAGGUCCUCUUCAGAGCGCAGGAGAAACAUUGACUACCUCACAGACCUGCCCGGUGCAUCAGGAAGACUGCAGAUCUUCAAUGCGGAUCUGGAUAAGCCAGAUAGCUUUAAUGCAGCAAUUGAAGGAUGCGUGGGAGUGUUUCAUGUUGCUCAUCCAAUAGAUAUUGAGAGCAAAGAAACUGAGGAAUCAAAGAUCAAGAAAUCUGUCAGUGGAACAAUUGGAAUUCUACAGGCAUGCCUCAAUUCAAAGACAGUAAAACGAGUUGUGUAUACUUCCAGUGCAUCCACCGUCACUUUCAAUGAUAAGGGCCUAGACAUAAUGGAUGAGAGCAUCUGGAGUGAUGUAGAUCAUGUUAGGAGGAACUUUGGAGAUCAUGGGAUGUCCACUUAUUCGAUUACCAAGAUCUUAACAGAAAAGGCUGCCUUAGAAUUUGCAGAGAAACAUGGGCUAGAUCUUGUGAGCAUAAUUCCUACUUGGAUACACGGCCCCUUUGUAUGCCCUUUUCUGCCUGGCUCCGUGCGCAUGUCGAUGUUGAUGAUCUUUGGUUACCAAGAUGAGUACAAGCAUCUAUUGAGUACACCAUUCGUGCACACUGAUGAUUUGGCCAGGGCACACAUCUUUCUCUUCGAGUGCCCUGAUGCCAAAGGGAGGUAUAUUUGUUCUGCUGUUGAGAUUACCAUUGAUAAGUUGGCCGAAUGUCUGUCAGCUCGAUACCCAGAGUAUCCAAUACCAAGUGCUGAUUCCUUGAAGGACAUGACAGGAUUCAAAUAUGGUGGUGUUUCAUCCAAGAAACUCCUGGACACUGGUUUUGAAUACAAAUAUGGGAUAGAAGACAUGUUUGAUGCCGCAAUCCAAUGUUGCAAACAGAAGGGUUUUCUGUAAAAUUCACAGUAAAAUUUACUUUAUCUUGCUGUCUAAGCACUGAAGGAAUACACUAUGUGUUGCCAUGUUGGUUGUUUCAUCUCCGUGACUCAAGUUGGUGGUUGGUUUUCUUCCAACCCAAGGACAGAGGAUAAAAACAGAAGAAGAAAUUCUCAUUUCUCAAAUAUGUUAAAGCCAGCUUUGCUAGUAUAAUCAUUGUCCUGCAGCUGUGAUAUCUUUGGAUUUCAGAUUCUUUGUUCUUGUUUGCUGUGGGGUGGUCAAAUUCAUGGAUCAAGCUUGUGUUGAUUCUUUUUUCUUGA